AUGAGGCAAACAUAUUUUGUGGGUAUUACUGUUGCAAAAGCAUGGAGGGCUAAGCUAAUUGCCAAGAAGAUAAUUGAAGGUGAUGCUGACAAUCAGUAUGCUUCCAUAUGGAGGUAUGCAGAAGAACUAAGAAGGGUAAACCAUGGCAACACUGUGAAGAUAAAUGUAGAAAGACCUAGUCCAUCCAUACAACCAAGGUUUGGGUCAUUUUAUUUCUGUUUUGAUGGCUGUAAGAAAGGCUUUAUUCAUGGAUGCAGACCAUUUGUGGGGGUUGAUGGAUGUCACUUAAAGACCAAGUAUGGUGGACAGUUACUUAUUGCUGUAGGCAGGGAUGCUAAUGAUCAAUACUUCCCUUUGGCAUUUGGUGUGGUUGAAAAUGAAACAAAGGAGAGUUGGAGAUGGUUUAUACAACUACUAAUGGAGGACAUUGGUCAGGAUAGAAGAUAUGUAUUUAUCUCUGAUCAACAGAAGGGACUUGUGGCUGUAUUUGAAGAAUUGUCUGAUACUAUUGAGCAUAGAUUAUGUCUUAGGCACUUGUAUGCUAAUUUCAAGAAAAGGUUUGGUGGAGGAGCCCUUAUUAGAGAUUUAAUGAUGGGAGCUGCUAAAGCCACAUACUAUCAGGCAUGGGUCCAAAAGAUGAAUGAAUUGAAGAAUGCAGAUCCCAAUGCUUGGACUUGGUUGAUGGUUGUUCCUACCAAAAGCUGGUGUAAGCAUGCCUUUUCUUUUUACCCUAAAUGUGAUACAUUGAUGAAUAAUAUCUCAGAGUCUUUUAAUGCUACCAUUCUAGCUGCUAGGGACAAACCUAUACUCACAAUGUGUGAGUGGAUAAGAAAAUAUCUGAUGAAUAGGUUAUCCACCUCUGCAAGUAAACUAGAAAAUUGGCCACAUAAGGUGAUGCCAAUACCUAGGAGAAGGUUAGAUAAUGAGGUGUUCAAUAGUGGUCAUUGGUUGCCAACAUGGUCAAUUGCUGAGACUUUUCAGGUUACACAUAGUUACAACACACAUGAAUUUAUUGUUGACAUUGCUAAAAGGUCAUGUAGUUGUAAUUUUUGGGAAUUAGUAGGAAUUCCAUGUAGGCAUGCUGUAGCUGCUCUGAGUUAUAGAAAGCAAAACCCUGAUGAAUUUGUUGAUGCUUGUUACACAAGAGAAAAGUUUGCACUAUGUUAUGGAUUUUCAACCUAA